UACCAGCGGCACUGCUACGUCACCGGCAGGCAGGGCGAGUCUCCACUGCAGAGACGUACCAAGCGGCGGACUGAAGUAUGUUAUAGUACAAAUGAAGGCUUGAAGAAGUAUUUUGGAUACAAAGACAUGGAUUGACAUCGUGCCUUGUUGAAACCCUGGUUCAGAAGGAGCCGUCUGACACUCGUGUGGCGUAGCCACCGGCUCGCUCACACACAGGAGGUCGUGUGUGUGUGUGCGUGUGCCUCCUUAUCAUCGGAUAACCCCUGAAGUGCCCGUCCGAACAGGAUGUCUGCAAGAGAGAGAGGUCAGCGACCUCAGCGCCCGUGGUCAGUGUACAGGGCGAGCACGUUUGACCUCUCAUCAGAGAUGAUGGGGCUUGUGCUAGCAGGAAAUGGCUUGGACCCAGAUGAACCUGUGCUCGAGUUCAGUCUUGCCUGCGGUGAGCUCAUCACACCAUCUCUUGACCGCAAGCCCAACACCUUUGUGGCCGUGAGUUGCACCACACCGCCUCAGGCCUUCUGGACCAAACACGCUCAGACAGAGAUUAUCGAGGGCACCAGUAACCCGAUGUUCUUGAGCAGUAUUGCCUUCUUCCAAGACUCCCACAUCACUCAGCAGACGCAGGUCAAGCUGUCUGUGUACGACGUGAAGGACCGCUCUCAGGGCACGAUGUAUUUAUUGGGCUCAGCACUGUUCACUGUUAAAGAGCUCCUUCAGGAUAAGGAGCACAGAUUACACCUGACGCUAAGGUCAGCGGAGAACGAGCGCGUGGGCAGCAUUAGCCUGGUGGCCCCGCAGAUGGAGGAGAGGCGAGACCAAAGGACGCCCGUCUCACGGUUACCAGACACCAUAAACGGCAGGACGGUUCUCCCUGUGGAUGAGAGCUUGACAGAGUCCUUGGGAGUCAGAUCCAAGUAUGCAUCCUUGUGCAAAGACACAUUCCUGCGAUCAGUGUUUGGAGGCACCAUGUCCCGCAUGUAUCGCUUCCCCACCACGGACGGAAACAACCUGCGUAUCCUGGAGCAGAUGGCCGAGAGCGUGCUGUCUCUGAACGUCCCUCGCCAGUUCGUCAAACUCCUGCUGGAAGAGGACACUGCCAGAGUGUGUGAGCUUGAAGAAUUAGGAGAGCUGUCGCCCUGCUGGGAGAGCCUUCGAAGGCAAAUAGUCACCCAAUAUCAGACCAUCAUUCUCACCUACCAGGACACUCUCAACAACCUACACAACUACAAAGGUCCUUCGUUCAAGGCCAGUAACCUAAAGGCAGAGAGGAAGCUAGAGUUCAUGCCCACUAAUCUCCAUGUCCAGCGAAUGAGAGUGCAGGACGACUCUGGCUUUGACCACACGUAUGACGUGGUGACCAUCGGCGCCCCUGCGGCCCACUGCCAGGGCUUCAAGAACAGCGGCCUGCGGAAGCUCAUCCAGAAGUUCGAGGAAGCCAAGAAAAUCAUUUAUGAGGAGGAAUGCAGCGCACUCUCCAGCUCCCAGUCCAUAGUCUACAUCCCUCAGGACAUCGUCCGCGCAAAAGAGAUCAUCGCUCACAUCAACACCCUGAAGACCCAGGUCAGCUACUACACGGAGCGGCUGUCCCGCGCUGCCAAGGAGCGCUCCGCAAACGGCCUGGAGAGGACCCUCGCCAUCCUGGCCGACAAGACACGGCAGCUGGUGACGGUGUGCGACUGUAAGCUGCUGGCGUCGGCCAUCCAGGCCCUGAACGCAGCGCGGCCGGAGUACAUCGCCUCCAAGGUGUCGCCCUCGGCCGACGCAGAGCAGGUGGUGCUGCGCAACGACCAGGACACGCUACUGGCCAAGUGGAGUGGCAGCAACAGCCGAACCUCGCUGCAUGUGGACUGGCAUGAGGAGGAGUGGGAGAAGGUGUGGCUGAACGUAGACAAGAGUCUGGAGUGUAUAAUCCAGCGUGUGGACAAGCUGCUCCAGAAGGAGCGUCUGCACAGCGACAGCAGUGAGGACAUGGCGCAGUGCGACCUGCAGGGCGGCACCACCCCUAAGAAAGGUAACGAGAAGACGCGAGCCUUCUGGAUCAACCCCAUCUCCACCGAGGACUCUUCCUCUUCCUCCUCGUCAUCGUCAUUACCCUCCUCCCAGCAUGUACAGCCGCCAGACCUGUACCAGAGGUCACUCUCAUCACCAUCGUCAUCUUCAUCAUCAUCAUCAUCAUCAUCCUCACUGCCUGCCGUUCCCGUUGCAUGCCACCCGGGUUCUAAUAGAAACUCUGCUAACUAUGGCAGUCCAGCAGGCGAGGAGGCCUCCGCAGGUGAGUGGAGUGAGGCUCUGUACCCACUGCUGACCACCCUGAUGGAGUGUGUGGCCAUGAUGAGUGACAAGGCCAAGAAGUCCAUGGUGUUCCUGCUCAUGCAGGACACCGCCCCCACCAUCGCACUGGACCUGGGCCUGCAGUACCGCAGGGACGUGGUCUUCUGCCAGACGCUCACAGCUUUAAUCUGUGGCUUUAUCAUCAAGCUGAGGAACUGUCUCCGUGACGACGGUUUUCUGAGGCAGCUCUACACCAUCGGCCUCCUAGCUCAGUUUGAGAGUCUCCUUAGUACCUACGGCGAGGAGCUCUCCAUGCUGGAGGACAUGAGCGUCGGCGUCAACGAUCUUCGGAACGUGACCUUCAAGGUCACGCAGGCCAGCUCAGGCGCGGCCCCCGACAUGCUGCCCGUCAUCACUGGCAACCGUGACGGCUUCAACGUCCGCAUCCCGUUGCCAGGGACCCUGUUUGACGCGUUGCCACGGGAGAUCCAGAACGGGAUGCUGCUGAGGGUCCAGCCGGUGCUCUUUAACGUCGGCAUCAACGAGCAGCAGACGCUCGCCGAGAAGUUUGGAGACACGUCCCUACAGGAGAUCAUCAACCUGGAGAGCCUGUCCCGCCUCAACUCCUACCACGAGCAGUUCAAAGAAGUCUUACCUGAGGACUGUUUGCCCCGAUCCCGGAGUCAGACGUGUCUUCCAGAGCUGCUACGGUUCCUUGGGCAGAACGUGCAUGCAAGGAAGAACAAGAACGUGGACAUCCUGUGGCAGGCCGCAGAGAUCUGCCGACGGCUAAAUGGCGUGCGCUUCACCAGCUGCAAGAGCGCCAAGGACCGCACGGCCAUGUCAGUGACCCUGGAGCAGUGUCUGAUCCUGCAGCAUGAGCACGGCAUGGCGCCCCAGGUCUUCACGCAGGCCCUCGACUGCAUGCGCAGCAUUGGGACGAGGGAGGGGGUGACCCAGAAGAACCUGAGUGGCGUGCUGCCGGUGCGGGACCUCCGACUGGACCCCGCCCUGUUCUACUCCCUCCCCCUGCUGGCCUUUAGCCCCAACCUGCUCUUCGUCUGGCUCUUCCUCAGCGUGGCCUUCUUCCUGGCCAAGCUCCGCUACAACUGACCAAUACUCUCUCUCUCUCUCUCUCUCUCUCUCUUUAUCUAUCUAUCUAUCUUUCUCUCUCUCUAUCUUUCUCUCCCCCUCUCUCCUUCUCACUCUCUCUCUCUCUCUCCUUCUCCCCCUCUCUCUCUCUCUCUCUCUGUCCCCAUCUUUUUCUUCUGUCCGUGUUCUCCCUGCUAUGUCACCACGACGCUCAGAGGCAAAAACAAAACAAAAAAAAAAAAAAGGUCAGACAAUUCUCACUCAAGGCGGGCGGGCAGGCGGGGGUUUUGCCCUCCCUCCCUCCCUUUCCGUUUCGGUUUCGGCUUCGGCGACAACCUCACUCUGCCAGAGCACCACCCUGUGGCCCUCGCUCUCUGGACGCCUCGCGCUGGGCUGACGUGCAGGACAGGGCAGGGCAUUGCUGCCCCCUGGAGGUCACCGUGGCUCCCAUCGUCUUAUCUCACCUCCUCGAGAUGGCUGCAGGAUAGAAACGCAAGCCGCAAGUGAUGCAUUUGUAAAAUCAUUUGUAGAGAACAACAAGAACACAAACGAAUAUUCCACUCAUUUCAUGGGGAAGAAAUAACCUACAUGGAGAUAUUUUAAAGGAUGAGUUAUGGUAUUAUAUCAUUGAUAUAUGCAUUCAGUCUUUUCUUGUGUUGUUGUAAUAAUGGCUUUUAAGACUUUUGCCAGUGCAUUUUGCUGGCUGCUGGCUUUAUACAGAUAUAUAUCAGAUAUGUUGGUUUUUAUAUUUAUACAUUUAUUUAGUUGUAAUUUCUUUAUGCAUUCAGGUAGUGGAUAUUUCCUGUGUUGCUUGCCUCUGCCUUUGUCUUCCGCAUGUGUUCAUGAUUCAAGAUGAAGUCAAGCAUCGAGUUAAGUCAGGCGUACGGAGCUUGAACAGUCCGACAGCUGCCCACACACGCACGCACGCACCCACGCUGUCCCAGGGCUGACCAGGGGUGUGCUCAUGUCCAAGCUCAUGGCUCCUUUCUUUUCUCAACGUCUUCCUGUUUCAACUUCCACUUGACUCACCGUGCACUUUUGUAGGAUUGUUAGCGGGUGUUCUUGCCAUGGUCUGCGUCCUCACGUGAGGGCUGCUUUUGGUAGGAUUGUAUAAGAUUGUAACGUGUUUCAGGGGAAAAUAAUGGCACUGCGAAGGUUAUGAUGUGUUGGAUAGCUCAUUAUUUUUGUACUGGCUUUGUUGUUGUACUGAUAUUUGCAUCUGUUGAUUUGCUGGCUUCAGAUGAAAGUGCAGGUAUUGUCUGCUUCUAGUUCUAAGGUCAGCCACUCCGAGGACAUUGGUCUUGAAAUUGGAUAGAUUUAUUUUUCCUGGUUUUGAGAAGGUGGUAAUAUAGGAUAUAUGUUAUAUAUUUAUUAUUGUGCCAAAAUAUAUAUUUGUGAUCCACCCGGUGUCACAUAAGUCUUACAUUGACAUCUAUCUCUGCAAGUGAUUCUCCCAAUGAUAAACCCCUAAUAGUCCAUGAACCAAAACUAUUCAAGCCAGAGACCUGUGUGGUAACAGUCAAACAGUGCCAAAGUUUCCUCCAUGAUUUGUGUGUGUGUGUAAAAACCUAGACAGUAGCCAUAGCUAAAUCAAAUGAGGUACCUAACGAAAUGAGGAUCCUUUUAUAGUCUUUACUGCUGUCUUUGGAUAUUAUGAACCUAAGCAAGAUUCAAUAUUCAGCUUGAUAGAUAACAGUCUGUUAAGAAAUGUUUGCCCAAAAACAUGUUUACAUUGAUAUAGUCUACAUCAAUCAUUACAUAAUACACUUUGUUUGCACUUUGAAAGGUUGAUGGAUUUGCGCUUUUCUAUAAAUGAGACUAGUUUGUUUUGCUGCAUGGCAGAGAUGUUUUGAGUUUCAAAGGAAUCUCUUUAGAAUGAAAUGCAAGAUUUGUACAGUGAGUCUUCUGGAGUCACCGUUUUAAUAUUGUAGAGUAUGAAGUAUUUGCAAUGCUACUGUUUACAUGAUUAGCUCUGAACUAUAUGCAGUUCUCUAUCCAGUGUUGUUCUUUCUUUUCUCCUGUGAAAUGUCUUCUCUUGAGUUUGAUUUCCGCUCUCCCUCAGAUCAGGUACAAAAUCAGAAGACGUGUUUAUAACUACCUCUGUUCCUCUGCGUCGUAGUGGGAUCGGCCAGACUCACGGGAGUCGCGCUACUUUAGCUGGGUGGUCUGGUCUGUGGUGGUGAAAGAAUCCGUCCUUUUUGUGAGGGAUUGCUCAUUUUAAACAUAAGUGUAGUGUGAGCUUUAUUAAGUCAAUAGAGCUGGUCAAAGCUUUCCAUGGUGGCUCACAAAGGCUUCAGAAGCCUGCUGGGAUUCCAGAUUUACUCAACCCAGAUAUAACUGAUAGCAAUAUGAGAUGUUUAAGAAUAGGCCGGCCCUUUCUUUUCCAGAGGCAAGCGGCAAGGCUUAUUUUCCAGAGGCAAGGCUUGUUCAUCUGGACAAAUACUGGGCACUUUUGCUUGUCAUACAUCUUCUGUGUUUAGUGGUGGCAAGAACUUUUUUUCAGAUAUGGAUUUGGAUGUUUUUUACUUUUCCUAUUCGUUUCUUGAUCUAUCAUAGACAAUAUUCUUACCGGUACUUAUAUUUCAAAAUCAAAUGAUAAGUUUUUUCUUGUUAAGUUGUUAAGAAAAUAUAUUUAUAUUGUUGUGCAGUAUAUACAUAUAAAUAUUAGGAAUAAUAUGUUUGCUGAUGAUAAGUGUUUUUUUUUUUUUUUUUUUUUUUCUUCAUGUCUAUCAUUAUAAUGUUCUCAGGCCAUAUCUGUUUGUGUGUGUGUGUGUGUGUACUGGGGUCAGAUGCAGUGGGAAUGGGACGUCAGUCAGGCAUGACUGAACCUUUUACUGACCCCAGACUUAUAGGGGGUUGUGGAAUGGGACUUAUGGGAGGAUUUAAAGCACAAUGUGAACAUUUGCCCCUUUGGUUCCACCCCUGUGGUAUAGUGCAGUAAAUGCCCUGGAGACAUGUUUAACUAAAAUGUUGCGUUUAGCUUGAUGCAUGGUCAUCACAUUGGCUGAUGAAUGAUCUGUAAUUAAAUAAACAUUAGACACAGGGGAAGAUGUUCAGAUCAAGUUGAGGCUGGAGUCCUGAGGCUUGUGAGAAUGAACUCAUGUAAGCCUCCCAUGUCUAGCCGCAAAGGAAGGGAUUGGUUUUAGUUCCUCUGCCCCACACAUUUACCCUGCUGGCAUAAAGGCUUCUGUGUGUGUGUGUGUGUGUGUGUGUGUGUGUGUGUGUGUGUGUGUGUGUGUGUGUGUCCCUACGCACGCAUGUGCUCUCAUGCCCAUUUGGCGCUGUAUACUUUAUUAUUUUUGUUUAUGUUUUGUUGGUUUGUCAUCGUUAACGCUGCCCUGUUGUUGUCCUCUGUUGUUGUCCUUUUUUCUGUUCUUUCUUCACUUGCUGUCAUCCUCUCUGUCCUCUCCUCCUCCUCCUCCUCCUCCUCCUCCUCCUCCUCC